CUUUUAUUUGUAAAAAUUUAUCAUUAUGUUAAAAAUUAGACGUAAACGUAAAGAAUUUGUUGGACGGCGCCAACAAUAUCGAAGAGUAACGCAAGCUGUAAACAAAAUAUUUGCUGCUAAUGUUUCUAAUAGAACACCUUGUAAUAAUUUGAACCUAUCAAACGAAAUAUAUAAUGAAUCGUUAAAUGAUUUAGAUACUAAUAGAAUUACAAGUACUAAUAAUGAAACGAGCAAUACUAAAAAUUUUGAAAAUGUUAUUGUCUCUUUAAAUUUUCAAAACGAUAACUAUUUAACCAUUGAUGACGUAUCUAAUUUUUCUAAUAAGUUAAUAAAUAAUUCUUCUGACACAGAUAUAAACAGUAGCUUAGAUGAUCAAAGUAAUUUUAUGUAUGAAUUAAGGAAAUGGGCCAUUGAAAGACACAUAUCACAUUUAGCUGUAACAGAUCUUUUGCGCAUACUUUCCCCUUAUCACCCAGAAUUACCAUUAGAUUCCCGUACAUUAUUGAAAACUCCAAUUUUUACGCAAAUUAAUAAAUUAGAAACUGGAGAAUUUUGUUAUUUAGGUUUGAACAUAGCUUUAAAAAAUGUAUUGUCACAAAAGCAUACCCAAGAAUGUUUAAAACCUGGUGAAACAUUAAAAAUCUGUUUUAAUGUAGAUGGUAUCCCAUUGUUUAAAAGUAACAAAUUACAACUAUGGCCUAUUCUGGGACUUAUUAAAAAUUUUCGUAGUAUUCCAUUCAGUAUUUCAAUUUUUUGUGGUACGUCAAAGCCUAAACCUUUAAAUCUUUUUUUAAGGAAUUUUAUAGAUGAAUUAAAUAAUUUAUUAGAAAAUGGAUUUGAUUUUAAUGGGAAUCACUUUAAAAUAGAAAUUCAUAGUUUUAUAUGCGAUGCUCCUGCUCGUGCUUUUUUAAAAUGUACAAAGACACAUUCGGGAUAUUCUUCAUGUGAUAAAUGUGUUGAACCUGGAGAAUAUUAUAAAAAUAAAGUUGUUUUUACAAGUGAAAUAGCUCAAAAGCGCACAGACGAAUCUUUUAGAAAACAGAUAGAUGAUGAUCACCAUCGUGGCCCAUCUCCUUUAAUAGAUUUACCUAUAGAUUUAAUAACAUCUUUUCCCACAGACUACAUGCAUAACAUAUGUUUAGGCGUAAUGAGAAAGCUAUUAAAUACAUGGAUUGGAGGUUCACUAAACGUUAGAUUACCUAACAGAAAGGAUCUAAGAACGUCUUAA